CGCCCGUGAGAGGCCGGUGAGCGGGCCAGGCUGCCCUCGCCUCCCCCGCGCCCGGGCUGCAGCCUGGGCGGAACGCUGGAACCGCGGGACCCAUGGAGGGUCAGAGUCGGGACGCGGGAGAGCGUCACGUGAUGACGUCGCCUCGCGUGCGGCCGUGGCGAGGCUGAAAAACCCGCGAAAAUCGACUGAGCGCAUUUUGAUUCCCCCCACCUUUUUUUUUUUUUUUUUUUGCGUUUCCCUCCCCCUAUGGAGAUUGUUUUUGAAAAAAAAUUCAACCUCUGUCGGGACCCGGAAGCGGAAAGGGCAUCUUUGAGGUCGGUACUUCCGGGUCACUGAGAGUGCGGGAUUCCGGGGCCGAGAGCGGGUGGCGGAGCUGGGACCUCGCGUGAUUCUCGGAACCCGAGGAGAAGCGGUGUCCGGGGCUAUGGCUGUAACUCUGGACAAAGACGCUUAUUACCGGCGAGUUAAGAGACUGUACAGCAACUGGCGGAAAGGAGAAGAUGAAUAUGCCAGCAUUGAUGCAAUUGUUGUAUCAGUGGGUGUUGAUGAAGAAAUUGUUUAUGCCAAAUCAACUGCCUUACAGACAUGGCUCUUUGGUUAUGAACUAACUGAUACAAUCAUGGUCUUCUGUGAUGAUAAAAUCAUCUUUAUGGCCAGCAAGAAAAAAGUGGAGUUCUUGAAACAGAUUGCCAACACUAAGGGCAAUGAGAAUGCUAAUGGAGCCCCUGCCAUAACUCUGCUCGUACGAGAAAAGAAUGAAAGUAAUAAGAACAGUUUUGACAAAAUGAUUGAAGCUAUUAAAGAAAGCAAGAAUGGCAAGAAGAUUGGAGUGUUCAGCAAAGACAAAUUCCCUGGAGAGUUCAUGAAGAGCUGGAAUGACUGCCUCAACAAAGAGGGCUUUGACAAAAUAGAUAUCAGUGCAGUUGUGGCAUAUACCAUCGCAGUAAAGGAGGACGGGGAGCUCAACCUAAUGAAGAAAGCAGCCAGUAUCACCUCUGAGGUUUUCAACAAAUUCUUCAAGGAAAGAGUCAUGGAAAUAGUUGAUGCAGAUGAGAAAGUUCGACAUAGUAAGCUGGCUGAGUCUGUGGAAAAGGCCAUUGAAGAGAAAAAAUACCUGGCUGGAGCAGAUCCUUCUACUGUGGAAAUGUGUUACCCUCCAAUCAUUCAGAGUGGUGGCAACUAUAAUCUCAAGUUUAGUGUGGUGAGUGACAAGAAUCAUAUGCAUUUUGGGGCCAUCACUUGUGCCAUGGGUAUUCGCUUCAAAUCUUACUGUUCCAAUCUUGUUCGCACGUUGAUGGUUGACCCUUCUCAGGAAGUUCAAGAAAAUUACAACUUCUUGCUCCAGCUUCAAGAGGAGCUGCUAAAGCAAUUAAGACAUGGUGUGAAGAUCUGUGAUGUAUAUAAUGCUAUCAUGGAUGUCGUUAAAAAGCAGAAGCCAGAGCUGCUGAACAAAAUUACCAAAAAUCUAGGAUUUGGGAUGGGGAUUGAAUUCCGUGAAGGCUCUCUAGUAAUCAAUAGUAAAAAUCAGUACAAACUGAAGAAGGGAAUGGUUUUCAGCAUCAAUUUGGGAUUCUCUGACCUGACUAAUAAGGAGGGGAAAAAGCCAGAGGAGAAAACUUAUGCCCUAUUCAUUGGUGACACAGUGCUUGUGGAUGAGGAUGGCCCAGCUACAGUUCUUACUUCUGUGAAGAAGAAAGUAAAGAAUGUGGGGAUUUUUCUAAAGAAUGAAGAUGAGGAAGAAGAGGAAGAGGAAAAAGAUGAAGCAGAAGACCUUCUGGGAAGAGGUUCUCGGGCAGCUUUACUUACAGAAAGAACACGAAAUGAGAUGACUGCAGAAGAGAAGCGAAGAGCACAUCAGAAAGAGCUGGCAGCUCAGCUCAACGAAGAAGCAAAGAGGCGGCUGACUGAGCAGAAGGGAGAGCAGCAGAUUCAGAAGGCUCGCAAAUCUAAUGUGUCCUAUAAAAACCCGUCUCUGAUGCCUAAGGAACCACAUAUUCGAGAAAUGAAGAUCUAUAUUGAUAAGAAGUAUGAGACUGUAAUAAUGCCGGUGUUUGGCAUUGCAACACCUUUUCACAUCGCCACCAUUAAGAAUAUAAGUAUGUCUGUAGAAGGAGAUUAUACUUACUUGCGAAUCAACUUCUAUUGCCCAGGCAGUGCUCUGGGCAGGAACGAAGGCAACAUCUUCCCUAAUCCUGAAGCCACUUUUGUCAAGGAAAUUACAUACCGUGCCUCAAAUAUGAAAGCACCUGGAGAACAGACAGUACCAGCCUUGAACCUUCAGAAUGCUUUCCGAAUUAUAAAAGAAGUACAGAAACGUUACAAGACUCGGGAAGCAGAAGAGAAAGAAAAGGAGGGCAUCGUGAAACAAGACUCACUGGUGAUCAAUCUAAACCGGAGCAAUCCCAAACUGAAAGAUCUGUACAUCCGCCCCAACAUUGCCCAGAAGAGGAUGCAGGGCUCCCUGGAGGCCCAUGUCAACGGUUUCCGCUUCACUUCUGUUCGAGGAGACAAAGUGGAUAUUUUGUACAAUAAUAUUAAACAUGCUUUGUUCCAGCCCUGUGAUGGAGAGAUGAUUAUUGUCCUGCACUUUCACCUUAAGAAUGCCAUCAUGUUUGGGAAGAAGCGACACACAGAUGUGCAGUUCUACACAGAAGUGGGGGAGAUCACCACAGACUUGGGGAAACACCAGCACAUGCAUGAUCGAGAUGACCUCUAUGCUGAGCAGAUGGAACGAGAAAUGAGGCACAAACUGAAAACUGCCUUUAAAAAUUUCAUCGAAAAAGUAGAAGCUCUAACAAAGGAGGAACUGGAAUUUGAAGUGCCUUUUCGAGACUUGGGAUUUAAUGGAGCUCCCUACAGGAGUACCUGCCUCCUUCAGCCCACUAGUAGUGCGCUGGUCAAUGCUACAGAAUGGCCACCUUUUGUGGUGACAUUGGAUGAAGUGGAGCUGAUCCAUUUUGAGAGAGUCCAGUUUCAUCUGAAGAACUUUGAUAUGGUGAUUGUCUACAAAGACUACAGCAAGAAAGUGACAAUGAUCAAUGCCAUUCCUGUGGCUUCUCUGGACCCCAUCAAGGAAUGGUUGAAUUCUUGUGACCUAAAGUACACAGAAGGAGUACAGUCCCUCAACUGGACCAAAAUCAUGAAGACCAUCGUGGAUGACCCUGAGGGCUUCUUCGAGCAGGGUGGCUGGUCUUUCCUGGAACCUGAGGGUGAGGGGAGUGAUGCUGAGGAAGGGGAUUCAGAGUCUGAAAUCGAAGAUGAGACUUUCAAUCCCUCAGAGGAUGAGUAUGAAGAGGAAGAGGAAGAUAGUGAUGAAGAUUAUUCAUCAGAAGCAGAAGAAUCAGACUACUCCAAGGAAUCUUUAGGCAGUGAAGAAGAGAGUGGGAAAGACUGGGAUGAACUGGAGGAAGAAGCCCGAAAAGCGGACCGUGAAAGUCGCUAUGAGGAAGAAGAAGAACAGAGUCGAAGUAUGAGCCGGAAGAGGAAGGCGUCUGUACAUAGUUCAGGCCGUGGUUCCAACCGUGGCUCCAGACACAGCUCUGCACCUCCCAAGAAAAAGAGGAAGUAACACCUGAACUUUGGCUCUGAGCUCCACUCUUCCUUCAACCAACUCCAGAAAAUUUUACAUGACAAUAGAAACUGGGUUUUUCCUUUUUGUUUUCUUUGAUGUUUUGCCAUUUUGUUUAUGGGUUUAAGGGGCCAUUUGUGUGGACCAAUCUACUCGGGGAAUUCCAGGACCACCGGGAUGUGUGCCAAUGGCCCCAUUCAGAUGGCAAGGGAGGAAGUGUUCUUGAAGAAGGGUGGAGGCUCCCACUGUUAAUAAAUACCGCGCAUUCCUCUUCCUGUCACCUUCUGCCAGGACAUUGAUGGCUUUUGACAUCUUUGGUGUCUCAAAGCUGUAUUUCCAAGACAGUGGUACAAGGUAACCCUUAAUCUACCUGUGCCAUGGUUCUUGACCAGCAGAUUCAGUCCAUCUUACCCUACUGCCAUGACCUUCCUCACGUCUCUCUACGUUCCAUCUUUGCGCAAUAUUCAAGAAGAGGUUCUUAGAAUUUGCUAAUGAUUAUGUAAACCAUGUAACUUGAGCUAGUGAGGCAGAUUGGGCUGGUGCCUUCACCUGAAUUUUCCGGAUUUAUUGUCCUGUGCAGGUUCUGAGGUAUUUCUGCCACCUUGGAAGACACGGAGCAGUGGCACUCCCUGCCUCAGCUUUUUCUUCCUAAAAAUUCACACGUGAUACAAUGAUAGAAGACAAAAUUACCACUGCUUCUCUUUUCUGAUGUAUCAAAGGAAGAAUGGUUGUGUGCCUCAUACACUGCUUCAAGUGAAAUCUAGAGGGAGGCCCAGGGGAUCGAGAUUUAGAUCUGAAAGGGGCAAGUCAUGCCUUGGGCUAGCAUUGCCUGAGGAGAAAAAAGGAGGGACAGAGGGAGGCCCUUUGCACAGGGCAACCUCUCACUACUGCUCCUUGUUUUUACCUGUGCUGCCAUUGCCCUGUACCUAUCAGUUUCUGUUGAGUGGCUUUUUAGGUGCAGGGAAUUUUUCUUGCCCUCCUGCCUCCCGGUUCUCUGCACUCACCUGCCCGCCUGCACUUCCGUGCUCCAUGACUUCAGAGAAGGGGGGAGGGCUCUCAGAUUUUAUGUUUGUUUGUUUGUUUGUUUGUUUUUUCUCCUUAGCAGUAGGACUUGAUAUUUUCAAUUUUGGAAAAACUAAAAGAUAAAUAAACUGUGGGGUUUUUGUUAGUUUGUUUUUUGU